AUGGGCGAUAUGUCUGGCCCUGGCAACACACUCAUGCCUAUGGAGGUGAUUGACCUCUCAGAAGGCUGGUCCUUCAGACAGAAAGAUGGAGUCGAAAAGAACGCCUGGCUGCCGGUCAAAAAGGUGCCUUCUACGGUCCACCAGGACCUGAUUGAUAACAAGCUACUGGAAGAUCCAUUCAUCGGGUUCAACGAGAUCAAAGCAGAAUGGGUAGGGUUAAAGUCUUGGAUCUACCGGACACAGAUUGCAACACCACCAGCACCAGACGGUUCAAAGGUCAUACUGGCUUUCGAUGGCCUGGACACUUUUGCACAUGUCAAGUUGGACGGUAAGACGAUCCUCGAGAGCGACAACAUGUUCUUGUCCCACCGUGUCGACAUUACAGAUGCGAUCCGAUCAGGUCCGGAUUCUGACCACGAGCUGGAAAUCGAGUUUGAGCCCGCGUUCCUCAAAGCCCGUGAAAUCAAGGACCAGCAUCCCGAGCACAAAUUUAUUUGCUUCAAUGGAGAUCCAGCCCGGCUGGCCGCGAGAAAGGCCCAGUAUCACUGGGGCUGGGACUGGGGCCCGAUUCUGAUGUGUGCGGGAAUAUGGCGACCCGUUCGUCUUGAGUUAUAUUCUCUGAGGACAGCAGACUUGCGUCUCGAUAUCAGCAUUGCAGACGACCAGAAGACGGCCUCGAUUCGGGCGGUUGCUGACGUGGAAGGAGUUGAUGGCCAUCAUCGUCAUCCAAUUCAAGCUCGGUUUGAGCUCAAGUUGGCCGGGGAGAGAAUCACAACUGCCGUGGUGGAUGCGCACCACCCCAAGGGUCAAGUCUCUGCCCAACUGGAAAUUUCCAAUCCCCAACUCUGGAUGCCAAACGGAUAUGGCAGGCAACCGCUUUACACAGUUACCCUGACCCUUGCCGUGGAUGAUGUCGAGCUCCACACUCUGUCUCGACGCAUUGGCCUGCGGAAGAUUGAGCUGGUCCAGGAACCGGAUUCCCACGGCAAGUCCUUCUAUUUUCGCAUCAACAACGUGGAUGUCUUCUGCGGCGGGUCAUGCUGGAUCCCUGCCGACAGUUUCGUGACCAACCUGACGCCGGAAAAAUAUCGGGCCUGGCUGGAAUUGAUGGUGCCUGCAAACCAGAAAAUGAUCCGAGUUUGGGGCGGAGGCAUCUACGAGGAUGACGCCUUCUACGACAUCUGCGACGAACUGGGCAUUCUGGUGUGGCAGGACUUCAUGUUCGGUUGCGGCAAUUACCCCUGCUUCCCAGCCAUUCUCCGGUCGAUUCAGGUGGAGGCCGUGGCUAAUGUUCGGCGAAUUCGCCAUCAUCCCUGUCUGGCCAUUUUCGCUGGAAACAAUGAGGACUACCAGGUCGCCGAAUCGGCCAAUUUGACCUACGACUACGACGACAAAAACGAGCAACACUGGCUCGAGUCUGACUUCCCGGCCAGAUACAUCUACGAAUCCCUGCUACCCAGAGUUUGCGCCGCCGAAGCCCCCUGGAUUGCAUACCACCCAGGAUCACCAUGGGGCGACGGGCAGAUCAGCUCAGACCCCACUGUGGGAGACCUGCAUCAGUGGAAUGUGUGGCAUGGCACGCAGGAGAAGUACCAAAUCUUCGAUUCCCUGGGUGGGCGGUUUAACUCGGAAUUUGGCAUGGAGGCUUUCCCACACCUGGACACCAUCAGGUCGUUUGUGGAGAAGGAAGAAGAUCUCUUUCCCCAGAGUCAUGUCCUCGACUUCCACAACAAAGCGGAUGGUCAUGAGAGACGGAUCGCCACCUACCUGGUGGAGAACGUGAGAACAGCAACCAAACUCGAGGCCUACAUCCACUUGACGCAACUCAUCCAAUGCGAGGCUCUGAUGUUUGGCUACAGGGGCUGGCGGAAACAAUGGGGCAACGAGCGGCAGUGUGGCGGAGCCUUGGUGUGGCAGCUGAAUGACUGCUGGCCUGUCACUAGCUGGUCGAUCGUCGACUACUAUUUGCGGAGGAAACCUGCGUAUUAUGCCAUGGCACGUGUGUUGGCGCCUGUUGCCGUUGGUGUGCGGCGAGCUCAUCAUGAUUGGAGCGUGACGCACGCGCGCGAACCCCCAGCGCAGGAGUGGGAGCUGUGGGUGGUCAGUUCACUCCUGAAAGACGUUACCGUCGACGUUGAGGUUAAAUUUGUCUCGGUCAAAACAGGACUGGAAAUUAAGGAUUCGAUCAAGAAAAAGGGCAUUCGGAUCAAAGCGAACGGAACUACCGACAUUCUCGAAGGCUGGGUGGACAACGUGAACGAGGAGGCCCAUGUCCUGGCAGCACGUAUGUGGAUGGACGGAGAGCUGGUUGGUCGGGACACAGAUUGGCCGCAACCUCUGAAAUACCUCCCUUUCGGCGACCGUAAGGUCAAGGUGGAUGUUAUUGGGGACGAAAUGCAUGUGUCUGCAGAAAGGCCGGUAAAAUGCCUGGUGUUUGAAGAACGUAAGGGAUGCCACCUUAGCGACAGCGCGAUUGAUGUGGUGCCCAAUGACAAGCAAGUCAUCCGGGUUCGAGGACUCGAGUCCGGAGCGCCUCCAUUGCGCUGGACAUACCUGGGAGCUGGAGAGCACUCGUGA